CUGGUUCGUCACCGGUCAUGUCCCGAAGGUGCUGAACUAGAGAGGUUGAACCUGUAGAUCUUCUUACAUUUAGAAUAUAGCUACACAUGUCCCAUUGCAGAUUCAUGACUGAUUUUUAUUCUUUACUCAGGGGAGAAUACCUACGAUGCUGCAAGUUCUGUUACCCGCUAUGUGCUUUUGUCAUUCUGGCUGCUUGUGUGGUAGCUUGUGUUGGCUUAGUAUGGAUGCAGGUGGCCCUCAAGGAAGAUCUGGAUGCAUUAAAGGAAAAAAUUCGAACUAUGGAAUCUAAUCAAAAAUCAUCAUUCCAAGAGAUUCCCAAAUUAAAUGAAGAUCUGCUUGAUAAGCAAAAGCAUCUUGAGAAAAUAGAGACUGGCGACAUGGGCUUAAAUAAAAUUUGGAUAAAUAUCACUGAGAUCAAUAAACAGAUAUUGUUUUUGACAUCGGUAGUAAAUCACCUCAAAGCCAACAUCAAGUCAGCUUCUGAUUUGAUAACUCUUCCUGUUACUGUAGAGGAACUUCAGAAGAGCGUAGCUACCAUAGGUAGUACUCUAACCAGUGUUGCCCAUGAUGUUGAGGCUAUGCAGACGGCAAUGGAAGAACACAAGAAAAUCACAGAGAGACUCCAGAAUGACAUGAAUGAAUACACCAAAGGAAAUGUCGAAAAACAGUUGUCUUCACUUUCCGGCACUGUCAGUCCAAGAAUUACCAAUAGAAAUCAGACCGAGAAUUGUACACAGGAUAAUCUGUUCCUGCAUGCCAUGGUAGAAGAGAUAAAUGCUUCCUUAGUGGUGUAUCAGAAGCUCAAUGAUCUAAAGCUUCUAAGUGUGGAUACAGCAAUCAGUAAUAUAAGUCGAAGGGUUACAUUGUUAGAAAACCAUGUGGCUGCCAUGAAUACGUUGGAAAGCAGAGAGAAUUUGUCUACUAGUGUGGUGGGUAAUAUAACUACCUCCCCAAAGGUGGAAAGCCAAGAUCAACCAGAGAAUGCAACUGGGGCAGAAAAAGCACUGAAUAUAAAGACAAUAGAACACGUAGAUUCUCAGGUAUCAAAACUAAGAGAGAAGCUUCAGCUGAUCAAUGCUCUCACAAAUAAGCCAGAAAAUGAAAAACUUCUUGAGGCAUCAAAAAGAGCUGGGAAAAUGCAGACUGCUACAUCAAAGCCUCCAAAUCUUCCAAAACUUGCAUCAAGAUCGGUUGGAGGCAACAUGGAGAGAAAUGGACACCCAAGACGCUUGUCGUUACCAGGAAUUGCCACCAUAAAAGAUCUUCAGGGUUUGUUUGAAAAGACAGAUCAAGGCAUUGAUGGAAAGCUAUCCCUGGAAGAUCUCCAAACUCUGGUUGGCUUUGCCAUACAGGAGUCACAGAACUUGAAGGAAUUUGAUACAGACGGGGAUGAAAAAUAUUCAUUACCAGAACUGAGAUUAGCUUUAGGUGUAUAGCAAACACAUUUAGAAACGCAGUAUUGAUGAAGUUUACUAUAGCUACUGAAAACUGCAAAAGCUACAUCUGCACUUUGCGCAGUGUUCUUCAGAUCUUUGGAGCUAAACUUAAUGUACUUGUUGCCACCUUUUUUAAUUUGCAUUCUUUGAAUAUAUUUAAGACUUUUAAAGGGUUUUAUCAAUGGCAUAAUGUUAGGAAGUUCUUUCAAGAUUCCAGGAAGCUCGUAAAGUCAAACUACAUUAGGAAUUUUCACCCAACAUUUUCUUUCCCUUAAGGGGCAUUCUUGUGUUUAAAUUGGUACACCGGGACAAACCCAUGUUUUAUAGUUCACAUAAAUUUGCCUUAAAUUAGAGAGCUGCACUUUAUAUAGAGCCAGAAGAGAUCUGUCUUUUAAAGAUAGGCCUUUUCUGCUUGUAAAUAUUUGAAAUAGGAUAAAUUAUGCAUAUUGUAGGGGUGUGUGUUUUCAGGGCUGUGUUGAUAACCAUGCUGGUGUGUAAACCAUAAAUGUCGGAUAGUCUGUAGGCAGAGGGUAUUUCAGUUUCCACUUGGAUUUUAAAUUGCUAGUGCAUCCAGGGAUGGAAUUUGAGUUCAAAGUGAGGCAGAUGCAAGGCAUGAUUUCUCAUGCUUUCAUUUGAAGAGGUAAGGCAUGAGAAACUUAAUUGUUCGGUGUUUUUUACAUUCUGGGCCCAUCAGAAUAAUGACACGACUGGUAUUAGAUAAGGUAACUGCUUCUUACCCAGUUCUAAUUUUGUUGCAUUCAGGAUUAUAAUUUGUGGGAGGAGGGUGGCUAUAAGAGGGAAAUAUUGGAACAUUUUAAUUGACUCUUAAAAUUUAAAAGCAAGCUUGUCGCCUGAAGCUGCUGCCGGCUACCAUCAUGACAAAUUGUUUGCACCCUUAUAGUCCCUGUAUCUGGCAGGCUUCUAUGCAUGAAUAUGGUUUUCCUGACUGGUCAUUGGAGUUAUUUUCAACAGGAUGCUGUUAGGCUAUCCACAACCAAGAGCAGUUUGUUUCUGAACAUGCCUCUUUGUGCUGCAGCAUCACCCACAGAUUGGAAAGCCUACACUAAAGAGAGCUUGCAUGCAAUUUCCUUGCUGUGUGACUGUUCACAGUUCUUAGGCUCUUCAGAUGAUUGUAUAUUCUUCUCGUUUAAAGGGGGAUAAAAGGCAGGUGUGGGUGCAAGAGUAAGAAUAAUUUUUUUUAUUGAUGAGUGCAAUAUAAAUUUUCUUCUUUAAAUUUGCUAUGGCCUUGAAACAAACAUCCACAUCCAGAGAAGAACAUACUAAUAUUGCCAUUUGGUCUUUCGAAUUGAUUUAGUGCACUGUGAAAUACAGUGAUAGUCUCGUAACAUGGGCUAUCUGGAAGUCUGUUCAUAGUUGUUAAUUUUAUGUUACUUUGAAUGGGAUGUUUAUAAUUUUUACAAGAAAAUAUUCUAUGGAAGUAUUCAAAUCAGUCAAGAAUUUCCAAAAUAGAACUCUUUCCUAGAUGAUCUAGUCAAUUUCACCAUCACUUGUAGGUCCUGCUUCAGGCAUGUUGGCUUUGCCCAAUAGGAAGAUGCUUUCAUUGAUGUGAACUUUUGAAAUGCAGUAUAACCUGGCUUCUAAGCCAAGUAGAAGUUGACACUCGCUUCUUCUGACCAGUUUCCACACCCCUUUUAUACACUUCUGUAUAAAUUCCUUAACCAAAUAAAAUUCUAGCAAUAA